AUGGGUGACCACGCCACCAUCUCCAACGAUGCCUUCGCCAAGGACAAGGGCAAGGCCGUCGACCCCACCAACGAGAUGAGCAUGGACGAAGCUAGCUCCUCCGAGAGUGAGGCCGAACUAGUGCCCGAAGACAAUGAAGAUGAGGACCCGAACAACGCCGACCCCAUCGACAAGAGCAACAUUAUCCAAGGUGGUCGCCGCACACGCGGCAAGGUCAUUGACUACUCCAAAAUUACCAUCGACGACAUGGAAGACGAUGAGGAGGAUGACGAGGAGUACGAGCACCAGGAGAAGAACGAGGACGACGAUGACCAGAUGCGCGACUAA